AUGACUAAUAAUAGUAAUWWWUUAUUAUUAGUAUUAUUAAUAAUAUCUUUAACUAUAWUWGUUAAAYAUAUCKAUAGUGARAUAUUAACUGAUAGACCAAUUAUCGGUGUUAUUGCUCAGCCGGGUGGCGGUAGUGGCCAGCAGUAUAUAGCGGCCAGUAAUGUUAAAUGGCUAGAGAGUGCCGGUGCCCGAGUGAUACCAGUGCUCKCUGAACAAAACGCUAGCUAUUAUGAUCAAAUAUGGCAAAUAACUAACGGCCUACUAGUACCGGGUGMUGGAUCUACAUAUCCAUCAGCAAAUGCAAAUCAAUACCGUUUUGGCGAUUAUUAUAUCUAUAAUAUUGCUGCCAAAAAUAAGGAUAGAAGACACUAUCCGAUUUUUGCUACCUGUGCCGGUAUGUACCGAUUGAUUGACUUGUUGGCUCCCGGUCUGRUAGACAAAGAUGWUUGUCCCGGUGCUGAAAACCAGGCCUUUAAGUUGGACUUUAGGAAWGAUUAUGAAACGAGUCGUUUGUUUAAAAAUGCCGACAAAAASAUUACUAAUAUACUAUCGACUAAAAACGUUACGUUCAAUACACACUACUAUUGUUAUCGGGCCUCAAAUUUGGACAGUCCAGCGGUGGCCAAACAUAUACGGGUAAUAUCGACAAACCGUGACUCCAAUGACCGGGAAUUUGUAACCACAUUAGAGUCAACAGCAGGUGAAGUACCUGUCUAUGCGGUUCAAUGGCAUCCGGAAAAAAAUCCGUAUGAGUUCCCCAGUAAAGGCCAUAAUAAUCGUAUACCUCAUACCACGGAUGCCGUCAAAGUUAGCCAAUAUAUGGCCGACUUUUUUGUUGGUGAGUGCCGUCAAAAUAAAUUGCUUAUAGAGGACGAGGAUGUUAUUAAACCAAAUCUAAUUUAUAACUACAGUCCCCGAUAUGAGGGCAAACACGAUGUCUAUGAUUUUGAGCAAAUUUAUGUUUUUUAG